GUCAAUGUUUUUUGCCAUGACCUUGCAGAGAACAUGCUGGGCCGUAGCUGGACUAACAACACCAGGGCGCUUUGCCAGGGAGUCAAUCUGACAGCUGCCAAGGAGCGGGGGCAGCUGGUCUUCCUGGAAGGCCUCAAGUCCUGCCUUGACCUGGUGUUUGGGGAGGAGGAGGAGCAGCCAGGGCAGCCCAGUCCUCUGCGGUUCCUGAGCGAGAGCAGCUCUGACCUCCGAGCCCUGUUUGACUUCGUCCACGCAUCCCUGAGUGCCCCGGACAGCGGUGCCUGGAAGGGCCCUGUGCUGCUGGUGGAUGACCUGAGUGUCCUGCUGAGCCUGGGGGCCACGCCCGUGGCCGUGCUGGACUUCAUCCACUACUGCCGUGCGUGCCUGUGCUCCCAGCUGCAGGGGAAUCUUGUGGUGCUGGUUCACAGCAGCGAGGAUUCGGAAGACGAGGAGAAUGAACUGGUUGUGAACUCCCUGUGCCAUCACAGCGACCUGAUCCUGUGGGCAGAAGGACUGGCCACCGGCUUCUGCAAGGAUGUGCACGGGCAGAUCAAGAUAAUCCAGAGGGUGUCCCUGCAGCAGGCGGGGGAGCAGGAUGUCGUGCAGAUCUACCAGUACAAGAUCCAGGACCGGAAUGUCACCUUCUUCGCCAGGGGGCUGUCGGCUGCAGUGCUGUGAGGCUGUGACAGCGUGCAGUGAGCCUGGCAAUGCCAGACCCUGCCUCCAGCCAGCCUGGCAGCUCCACCAGCACCUUGCAGGAGCAGCACAGCAAACUGAGCUGGGAGGAAGGCUCUGACACACCUGGAAGCGGUGCCAGCACAGGGAUCAGCCUGCCCAGGGAUGCCACAUCCCUGUCCUCCCACCCGGUUCCCAACACGCUCAGGCCAAGAAGAGGAGCAGGAACGUGCAGGAAUGGCCCUUGGAGCGUGUGAGCACAGGCAGGGGGGAUGCCCCGUGGGCUGGGUGUGCCUCACCUUUU